AUGCUUUCAGUUGGUAACAAAUUGAUUUUCGCAUCUGCUGGGACAUUCAGACGGUUAUUGCUGUCGAAGAAUGUUUUAAAUCCAAAGGUUGUCCAGGUAACUGUAGUACUUCGUGUGAUGUGACUUCUAAAAUGAUAUACAUGGUUUAACUUUUCGUUGCAUAACACAAUACCUUCAUGUACGUCCGCAUAUAUAUAGUCCAGCACAGUGUUGUCACAACAGGAUGAAGCAACAUACAAGAAACAAGAGAAAAAUAUCCCAAAUGGAGAAGAGAAUUGGGGAAGUUUGAAUUAGCGGGAGACAGCAGAUAUGGUCGAAAAGGGCUUUAGGGAUGGGUAAAUGCCUGAAAUGUUAAUCAAAACUGAAAGCACAUCGAGAUACCGGUAGUUUUGACAAUCUCGACUAGAUGUUGGCUCUAGAGCAACUCCACGCAUCGAGAGGUUUUUUUUCAAUUUAUCUAGUUUCUGUCUCUUCUCCUAUUUAUUGUUUUUUAUCCUUCCAUGAUUAGUAAUAAUGAAGUGUGAGUAAUUUCAUUUUUCCUCUCUUCUACCUAAACUGAACCCUCCUACCAAUAUAAAAGUUAAUAGUCAGGUUGCACCAAUAUUUGUGCAUGUUGGAACACAAACAGUGAUAAGAUUUCCACACAGACCCUUAUGAUUAAACCAAGCAGUAGUCCUAGAGACAAUCUGUUGUUUUUGCUUUUGUUUUCUUUAUCUAAGAACUGUAUGCAUAUAGAAGUAUAGGACUGUGUAGAUGUCUUACCUAGAAAGUGACCAGUUUGACUCAACUGGAGCCAGCACACUUAAAUUGGGCAGUCAAGGGGUGCAGAACUUAAGUAAAGAAAAUUAUUUGGAGGGAAAUGCCACCUACUGCUGAACAGCAAUUACCGCAUCAUAAAAAAGCUAAAUCAAUACAACAAUUUAUAAAUUCCCCAAAUACUAUUAUUAUUUAUGUAGGUUCCACUGAGCUGCUUGGCAUGUGGAAAGGUUCAGGUAUUGCAAAAUGAACAUGAAGUCAAGGGCAUAAAGACCAGAUUCAUACUGAACAAUGCUAGUGCUUACAAAAGAAGAUUCCAGUCGACAGCUCCGGUAAAAAAUGAUUUUAAUGUUUUGUUAAACAGUUGGCAGAAAUACCUAUAGUUUGUUGUACAACAGAAGUUUACUCUUGUGCAAAUUGCUUUUAACUUCUGUUGUUUGAGCAAAUAUUUAUUUUAAUUUUAAUUUAACUCACCACAAAUUGCAUGUUCUAUUAAUUCAAAUGAAGUAUGAUUUUCUUUCAUUGUUGAUUAAAGGGAUCUGAAAGCACUGUUGGUGCAAUAGAAAAUAAAGAAAAUGGUGGAACAUGGAUUGACAAAAUCAUCAAGGUUUUGAAAGUAGUGGCUGCACCCUUGGUGAACAAAACAGUGAGUUGCAGUUUAUUGAGUAAAAAUAUUUAAUUUUGUUUCCUAGAUCAAUAAAUUUCAAUAAGGAAGAGGGGAGGGUGUUAAUGAUAGUUUUCCUAUUUUUAAUUUGUUAUUGAUGCAGGUAACAAAAGCUGCUUUGGAAGAAGUGUAUAAACAUUUUCACUACUGGUUGUAACUUAUCACAUGUAUUUUUUAGAAAUAUUUUUGAGGAAGAUUACCUUUCCUACACAUCUGGCUGGAGAGAUCAGUCACUGAGAUAAUAAAAUGGGUUACCUAAGAACUCGACACAAUGACUCAGGCCAGGGUUUAAAUCUGAUAUUUUCAAUUCCUUGUCCAGUACAUGUAUAAACUGAGGGCAAUGCAUUUGCAACACAGCAUUCAGUAGGUGCACUACAUUGAAUGUGCACUGUUAAAAACCCUCUCUUCAAUGUGAUUUUAAUUUAUGUCUUUGUGAUUACAGGUUUUAGUGGGUGGUGCAAGGAACAUGUAUGAGUGUUGUGUGGAAGGAAUGAAUUUUGAGGAGUUCUUUGAAGGUGAGCCUUGAUAGAACAAAAUAGUUCUACUAACUUAACCCUUUACACCUCAACAUCAGCAUCCAUAUUCUCUAUACUCUUUUCUGUACCUUUCUUUUGGUUCUGAAAAGGAGAAUUUGUGUAACAAUCAAAGCUUCUGGAUCAAUAUCAGUAUUUGGGCAACUGCCCACCGACUCCUCCCCUAACCCACCAUUAACCCUAACUUGUCAUCAAUUGACUCUUGUUGAGUUAGGGGAGGGGUAGGUGGGAAGUUGCCCACAUCCUGAUAUUAAUCCAAGCGUCUUAGGUUGGCAAUCACUUCCUCUUUUCUCAGGAUUGCAAUAAAUGACUCAGCAAUAUUAUCAUAAGGAGUAAUCAAAUGCUGGUCACUCUUAGGGUUUAAAGGGUUAAUGACUAAUUUAAAAUGAUUUAUCCUCUUCUACUACUGAAUGAUAAAACCAAGAGUUUCUUAUCAAAAUUAGGUCUGGGUAUGGAUAUCAAUAAUAGUGUAUUUCAGGUUUACACAAGUUUAGUUUGUCCAAAUUUAUUUUAAAAUAUAUGCCUUUUGUAUAUUAUUUCUCUAGUUUAGAUUUGUAACUUCUUCUUCACAGAUUUGAUUUUUAAUUUGUAGCCUAUGUUGGGUUAAAUAGAAUAUUGUGUAAGAUAACAGAGAUGUAAUGGUUGAAAGAAGUGCACUGAGUAUGGUUUUCAGUGAAUAAAAUUACUUACAUUUUGAGUCUUGUUCUCUCUGACAGCUCUCGAAUUACCUGACACAUUGCAGUCAUGGUUUCUUGUACUUCACCUUCACAUUUGGUGAGUUUCUGUUAGUUUGUACUGAAUCAUUUAUUGCCUGCCAAGCAUGUGUAAUUUUGGGGAGUGAUUGCUCAGUAUUUUCUCAACAAAAAUUAUGGCUGCCAUUUUUUAUUUUAAUGGCAGAAGAAGGCUGGGGGGAGAAAGAAAUUUUUACUAAGGAGGAGGGUGAGGGUGGGGUGAGUAAAGGUUAUAUUAGCUACAAGAUAGAUCCUUGAAAUAAGUGUUGUCGCAAUGGAGCACUAGCUAAACAUUUUUUGUGCAACUGUCUCAAUGAAUACUGGUGAAGUAGAUUGGAUAGAUUUAGAGAUCAAGAAAGUGCGAUGUAUCACUCACUCUGUUGUGAGCAGGAUUGAGGAAAAAUUUAUCACUGGUACUUCUUUUUCUGAAAUGACCCAUACCAAAGCUGCUUUGGAACUCUACAAAGUAGUUUACCAGAUUUGGAAUAGCAUGGAAACUAGAUAUUAAGUCUGGAAAGUUCUUUUUUCUAUUCUAUAUCUUGCAUUGCGGUAAAAUAGAUAAAUGUUCCAGAAUAAGGUUUGCAUUUUUUACUGCAUGAAAAUGAGGUCAAACUUUUUUCCUGUAACUUAAAGCAGGUAGGAUACACAAGAUAGUCUGUUUGGCUUUCCUUUGUCUGCUUCUGAAAAGAUUUGGUGUUUUCUUUUAUUUUAAGGAUGUGUUUGGUGCGGCUCAAAGCUGAAGGUAAAGAUGGGAGAUACAUGUACAAGACACUUGUUAGGAUGAUGUGGCUUGAUGUGGAGGAAAGAAUUGAUAACUUAGGGGUAAGGCUAUGUUACUGUGCAGAUGAUUAUUUUUAUAUACUAGGAAUCAGUAGAAGUUAGUUCAAGGUAUGACUAUUAAUCUUCACAAAUAAGUUGUUGAAAAUGAUUUAUGGAUUGUUGUACUACUGUAUGCUUCAAGUAUGAUAUUUCACAUGGCCUAGUGCCCUGAAAAAUGGUUUGGCCCCUCCACACUCACUGUGUAAAAAGUACACUUAUGUGCCAUGUAUGAAGGACAAUUUAUGUUAUUCAGUUAAGAUACUGAACUCUGGUUAGAAAAGAUUGGUAAUGAGAUUGCUGUUAUUACCUUUCACAGACCAUUGACUCGGUUCAGAAGCGAGAUACCCUGCUAGUGUUACAGCAGCAGUUCAAUGGUCUAUCAAUUGGAUAUGAUGAGGUAUGAUAACAAGUGUUGCACCCUUACUGACUGACUUUGAUGUGCCGCAGCUUUUGAGGUCCUCUUCAAGAUGGGUUAAAAGGAAAUUUAAAAAAUAAAUUAUCAGAUUUAAGGGGGAGGAGGGUCCUGCUUCACUGGAAUUUUUGAGCAUGGCAGAUUGUUUUGCAGAUGGUUUUUCAAUUUCAUUCAAGUAGUGUUGAUGGAACCUAAGUAAGAGGAGUGGGGUCCCAAAUAAAUGUGGUGUGUCACAGAUGAUAUAAGUAAGGUGUUCUAAUUUAUAUUUCCAGCUCUGAUAAUUUUUGUGCACAAUUAAUUUCUUUUCAGGGUUUGCUGUGUGAUGACAGAGUCCUGGCCACAGUUUUAUGGAGGUCAGCUUCACUUUCUCAGUUUCAUAUAAGUUCCCUUUGGUUUCAAAGGAAAUAGUAACUAAUGGAAGGUGUUGCUCUACCUAACUUAAGCUUUGAGGUUGAUCAAGGAUUCAUUAUCCCCUUGCCAUGUUAAUCUCUCUCUAAAAAAAAGGCAACCCCGAAUUGAAUUGUUUUUUACGAGAAAAGUCAGUUCCUCAAACAAGAGGGAAUAUGGCUUAUGAAUCAAAAAGUGAAAUAUUUAAGUAAUAUAGUUGAUAAACUAUAUUACUUAAAUAUCCUUGCUGCUGUGAUAAAUAUGGUGAAGCUAUCUGAGAUGAGCUGGCAAAAGGACACCAUUCUCUUAUCCCUGACCCCUAAGAGUGGACUAGCAUUGAAUUUCUCCUUACAAUAUCAGCCCUGAAUCUCACAUCAAGGUCACAAGAAUAAAAGAAAUGAUCACCAAAUCAAGAAGUUUUUGAUUAUUAAACAAAUUCUCCCUGUCAGCAUCUUAGGAAAUGUAUAGGGAACAAUAUGGAGAAGAUGCAUGUUGAUGUUAGAGUGUUGAGGGUUAAAUCUGUACAUUAUUUCCUGCAGGGUUGUUGAAAAGUCAGCAACAAAUUUCUUCGUCAAUAAAUUCCUCACUUGAAUAACUAAUGGUUUACCAAUGAAAAAUAACUAUCUGUCCCUGUGUUUGAUCAUCAGAAACUUGUUUCAGAACAAGAAUCGCACAGAUGCUGAGCAGCUCGGCCGGCUGGUGGAGUAUGUCAGAAAAAACAUUCAACAUUUGGACAGCCUUCCCACCGAACAUGUCCUACAGGACGGAAGAAUCACAUGGCUUCCUUUAAAUGAGCAGUUUGAAGAAGGAGACAAGGAGGAUAAUGAUUGAUUUGGACUAACUUUUUGAAGUUCAGACUUGCAGGCAGUGGACUGAAUUUCAACCAACACGACUUUCAAUUAAUUUUUUUUUUGUCAAGCUCAUCCAAUUUGACUCGUCUCUCAGGUCGAAUUUAAAAAGCUUUGUUUAUAGCAGAGUUACGCUGAAGAAUUGUUGCUGUGGUUUUCUGCUUCACUCUCACGCUUAAAAAAUUGUCGAGACCAAGGCACAGCGAUGCUAUUUUGCUAGGUUCAAAACUAUGCUUCAGGCGAAUGAAAUUUGUUACGUGAUAUUUAAGUACAGUAAAAUAUCCACGAAAACCUAAUAAGCUUCUAAAAAGGAUCACUAAACUACGAAAAAGAUUGAUAUUAUCUUUCAACUAUUUUGAUUUCUGUUGUUUAAGGUGAAGAGCGAAAAGUUUUUAAGGGAAUGUACUGAAAACAACUCACCUUUUGUCUGUAAUUUUUAAUUUCAUCGCGGGGGAAUAAAUUAUGGUUUGCUUACAUUAUUUCCCUCUUCUUGUUUUUCUGCUGUAACUGUAAAGUUGAAAAUUUAGCGGCCCAAUGUAUUUAAUUUAGAAAAGAUUUUGUACAUAAUAAUAAUUGUUUUCACAUCGAACAAA